UUCAACCGGGAGCACCGAGAAUCAUUCGAUAAGAAAAGAACAGAUUCCAUGGACUCGAAUCCCUUUUUGAGAACCGGUUCCCGUUAUCGAGGCCACUAUAGUAAAGAAAAAUACUUAGUUCUUUAUCCGAAUCCCUGGGAACGAAUCCCGUCCCACAGAAAAUGCCCCAUGGCACGUCCCAGGAAAUGGGGGUAGCUCAGUCAUUCGGCGGCCCUUACAUGCCAGGCUUCGCUCUCAUGUAAGGGUCGGGGAAGUCCAACAAACAUGAUGAAACAUGUUCAGGCCGUACAUAACCUGAAGGACAGAGGAAGGUGUUGUGGAGAAGCGGCGACAGAGAUGACGAAGCUCGCCCCUCUUCCUCUGCUUCAACCUGCAGCGCCAAUUCCAGUGACAGUGGCGGUUUGCAUGGUGAGAAGUCGUCCUUGUGGAAAAUCAGUACGGAAUUGCAUUCAUUUCCCAGUGAUCGAAGCAUCCUUUCUUCCCUGGGGGGCUGAGGGAGGACCCUCACACAAAUGCCACAUUACCAUGGCCCAAACCGCAGAAAUGACUGCACGUGUUCUUACAAAUGUCAUCAUAGCCACAUUGAUCCAGCGCCAGUGAGGACAUUUUAAUUUUUUUCCUUAUGUGAUCUUAAUUUUUAAUGAUCGCGUCAAAUCAUUAGGGAACAUCGACCAAAGCGCACCUCGCGUCGCUCCCAAGCGCUAAAUGAAAUGCAACGACCUGCUGCUUUGCUGUGACUUUGAUGGACUGGAGGUCGAGGUGCUCGCUGAACGAUGACUGCCUAUUGAUUUUUUUAGGUCUUUCGUCUCUAUCGAAUAACCUUCAACAGCCACUAGCCUCAACACAGCCUUCCUAAUAUGGGCUCUGGGGAUAAUCACUCACUGCAUGUUCACCAGAGAAUUUCUUUUGAAUGGUUGGUGUGAUGCGUAGGAACACUAAUGCUUGCUUCCUUUGCGAGAAAGACGAGGCUUAAAUUAUGAGCGGAAUCGACAAUGCCUGUGUUUUACUCAGGAACACAGAUGCUCGCUUUCUGCGCAGAAACGACGAAGCUUGGGUUUUACUCAGGAACAAAGAUGAUCGCUUUCUGCGCGGAAACGACACUCCCUGUGUUCUGUGCAGGAAACACAGAUGCUCGCUUUCUGUGCGAAAAUGACGAUGCUUGUUAUUUUACACAGCAACAAAGAUGCUCGCUUUCUGUGCGAAAAUGACAAUGCUUGUGUUUUACACAGCAACAAAGAUGUUCGCUUUCUGCGCGGAAACGACAAUCCUUAUGUUCAUUGCAGGAACACAAAUCCUCACUUUUUUAUGUGUUUUACUCAGGAACACAGAUGCUCGCUUUCUGUGCGAAAAUGACUAUGCUUGUGUUUUACACAGCCACAAAGAUGCUCGGUUUCUGCGCGGAAACGACAAAGCUUGUGUUCUCCGUAGGAUUUGCAGGAAUGUUCAUCGCAGGAAAACAAAUCCUCACUAUUUUCACAGAAAUGACCAUGCCUGCGUUUUACUCAGGAACACAGAUGCUCGCUUUCUGUGCGAAAAUGACAAUGCUUGUGUUUUACGCAGCAACAAAGAUGCCCGGUUUCUGCGCGGAAACGACAAAGCUUGUGUUCUCCGUAGGAACGGUGAUGUUCGCUUUCUGCGCGGAAACGACAAUCCUUGUGUUCAUUGCAGGAACACAAAUCCUCACUUUUCUUCUGUGUUUUACCCAGGAACACAGAUGCUCGCUUUCUGUGCGAAAAUGACAAUGCUUGUGUUUUAUGCAGCAACAAAGAUGCUCGCUUUCUGCGCGGAAACGACAAUCGUUGUGUUCAUUGCAGGAACACAAAUCCUCACUUUUUUCGCGGAAACGACCAUGUCUGUGUUUUACUCAGGAAAACAGAUGAUCGCUUUCUGCGCGGAAACGACACUCCCUGUGUUUUGUGCAGGAAGCACAGAUGCCCGCUUUCUGCUCAGAAAUGACGAUGCUUGUGUUUUACACAGGAACAGUGAUGUUCGCUUUCUGCGUAGAAACGACAAUCUCAAUCUCUCAAAUGCUCACAUUCUGAGGGGAAACGACAAAGCCUGUGUUCUGCCCAGAAAUAGUGAAGUUCGCUUUCCGCGUGAAAACGACAAUGCUUGUGUUUUACACAGCAUCAAAGAUGCUCUGUUUCUGCGAGGAAACGACAAUCUUUGGGUUCUGUGCAGGAACAUAAUUGCUCACUUUCUAAGCGGAAACGACAAAGCCUUUGUUUUGCCCAGAAAUAGUGAAGUUUGCUUUCCACGUGAAAACUACAAUGCUUGUGUUCUACACAGGAACAAACAUGCUCGCUUUCUGUGCGGAAAUGAAAAAUCUGCCCAGGAACAGUGAUUGUUGCUUUCUGUGCGGAAAUGACAAUGCUUGUGUUUUACAUAGGAACAAAAACACUCGCUUUCUGUGCGGAAACGACCCUCCCUGUGCAGGAAACACAGAUGCUCGCUUUCUGUUCAGAAAUUACGAUGCUUGUGUUUUACAGACGAACAAAGAUGCUCGGUGAUGUUCGCUUUCUGUGCAGAAACGACAGUCUUUUUGUUCUGUGCAGGAACACAAAUGCUCACUUUCUAAACGGAAACGACAAAGCCUGUGUUCUGCCCAGAAAUCGUGAAGUUCGCUUUCCGCGUGAAAACGACAAUGCCUGUGUUUUACACAGAAACAAAGAUGCUCGGUUUCUGCGCGGAAACGACACUCCCUGUGUUCUGUGCAGGAAACAUAGAUGCUCGCUUUCUGUGCAAAAAUGACAUUGCUUGUGUUUUACGCAGGUACAAAGGUGCUCGGUUUCUGCGAGGAAACGACAAUCUUUGGGUUCUGUGCAGGAACACGAAUGAAUGUUCACUUUCUCUCGGAAACGACAAUCUUUGGGUUCUGUGCAGAAACAUAAAUGCUCGCUUUCUGUGCGGAAACAAAAAAACUGCCCAGAAACGAUGAUUGUUGCUUUCUGUGGGGAAAAAAACGGAACGUUAUGAGCAGACAUUGUCGCAGGAACAGUGAUGGUGUGCUCUGCGUGGAAAUUUGGAUGCUUGAGUUUUGCGCAGGAAUGGUUGUGAUCCUGUUAUGCGCCGUGACAGAGAAGCUUGUGUCAUACGUGGGGAUGGAUAUUGUUUUCCGGGGCCCAUUUGUUUGUCCGUAGCUUGAAUUUUGUUGGUUUUGUUGUCAAAAUAGAAUCGAACAAAAAACGACAGUAAAAAUGCAAGAAAAAAAUCAUAAAGAU